AUGGCUCCUAAACGCGGCUACACCACAAAUGAAGAGAAUACACCCGACAUCGUUCAGGAAGAGAAGCCAUCGUCAAGUGAUGCCACCAAGAAUGAAGAGAACACAGAGAAGCCGUCGUCAAGUGAUGUCACCAAGAAGCAAGAGAUUACGGAGAAGCCGUCGUCAAGUGAUGCCACCAAGAAGCAAGAGAUUACGGAGAAGCCGUCGUCAAGUGAUGCUACAAAAAGCAUCAACGGGAUGACAAAGAUUGAGAAGGAGCAGUCUCAGGAGGACAAGAUCCAGUUUGACGCGUUGGACGUUAAGGAGGCGUUGAAGACCUGCGCGGAACUCUUCAACCAGAUGAACCCACUUGCCCAGAAGCGUGACUACCUUCUCAACAAGCACAAGCUCAAAAAUAAGCCAGUCAAGAAGGAGACCUCUUCAUCGUCAACUACAUCUUUGAACCUUCGUGCUGUUCUUCGUGGCACGACCGAACAGAAGGACAUCACCGGCAUCACGAUAGACAUGAUCUACUCCAAGUUGAAGACAAAGGCUACCGACUUGCUCACUAUGAACGAGACUCAGAAGAAGAACGCUGUGCUGUUCAUCAACAAUGAGCAAAUCGCUUCACCAGGAAGCACACGCUUGCAUUCCGACAAGUUCGUUACCCAGAACAAGGAAGGUAAAAAGACACGUGUGAUUCUCCGCUCGGGCGAUGUUCUCAGUCUCGUUCUGCGAUUGUGUUCACAGGUUCCUUACCUAUGA